GGGAGAGAGAGGGAGUGGGAGCGAUCACGCGUGGUCCUUCAGCAGCAGCAGAGAGACCGUCCACGGGGAAGUCACUCACGCAGAGAGUCUUGUGUCCGGGUCCGGGGGUUCAUGACCGGGGACCGGUGAUCGGUGAUCGGGGACCGGGGACACUGACCGGGGACCGCUGGGGAAGACAGGAGGAAGUUUGAUCAGUCUCUCCGGAGCGCAGCAGCGGACCGUGCAGAAUGGUUGAGCCCAGCCCUCCAGUGCUCCAUCCGCUCUCCUGUGGGGAUGACAACAUGGCAAGUGUUGGUGUCAAAGUAGAACAGGAGGAGUGUGGAGAAGUCACGACCAGCUCGGAGCCUCCCAAGACGUCUCCUCUGCACGACUGGUCUGGAAAUCAGCUGCUUGAAGCUCGCCAGCUGACCCCCCCACUGUCCUGCUCCCCUUCAGAGGGCUCUCCGUGUAAGGAGCAGCCUUCCAGGCAAAGCCUCAUGGGACUGAAAGACGCCAGGGUGGACGAUCGGUUGGAGGGACAAUCCAACUUCAAGGAAGUAAUGCCGACCAUUGAGAAGCUGCUGAACGCUGACUGGAAGGAGAAGCUUCUGGAUAAAAGCCCAGUGGGAGCAGGUCACCUGAAAGGUUCCCCGGAGUCCCUGGCUGAGAAGGAGCUGCAGCUGCUAGUGAUGAUCAACCAGCUGAGCGGGCUGAGGGAGCAGCUGCUGGGGGCCCACUCGGAGCAGAGAAACAUGGCCGCCCUGCUGCUGGAGAAGCAGCAGCAGCAGAUGGAGCUGGCGCGCCAGCAGCAGGAGCAGAUUGCCAAGCAGCAGCAGCAACUGAUCCAGCAGCAGCACAAGAUCAACCUCCUGCAGCAGCAGAUCCAGGUGAACAUGCCCUACGUGAUGAUCCCAGCGUUCCAUCACAACACCCAGCCCCUCUCCGUCUCCUCGGACCCCCAGAUGACGCUGCCGCUGCAGCCCAUCCCCUGCAAGCCAACGGUGGAUUAUCACAUGCAGCUGCUCCAGAACUCCCACCCCCCCCCAGUGAAGAGGAGCAGUGGUUCCUACCGACAGGAGGCCGGCCAGCCCUUGAAUCUGACCUCCAAGCCCAAGGGGCUGGAGCUCAGGAAGACGUCCAGUCCUCAGAGCCGGGACGUGGGCUCGCUGGGGCUGCAGGGCGGCUACCGACCCAGAGACCUGCAGAGAGAGGUUUCCCACAGCCCGCCGCGCCCCCCCAUCAGUUUCCUGGGAGAUGGAGAUGUGGUGAGCCAGGCCAUCCAUGAUGCCCAGCAGCUCCUGAGGAACCAGGGCGGUGGAGGGAAAGAGAGGGAGAAGCACAGGGAGCGAGACGGUGGCGCGAAAAUGGACUAUAAAGGUGAAGAGAGGAUGUCUCACUGUGAGAGGGCUGAGGAGAGACACGGCCUGCCCACCGAGGAACACCUCAGCAGCGACUCCGAAGGUGCCCUGCCGGUCUCCGUCUCCGGCAGCUACGCCGAGUCCCGGCCCACACCCUCCUCCGGCCACAUCAAGAGGCCCAUGAACGCCUUCAUGGUGUGGGCCAAGGACGAGCGGCGGAGGAUCCUGCAGGCCUUCCCCGACAUGCACAACUCCUCCAUCAGCAAGAUCCUCGGCUCCAGGUGGAAGGGCAUGUCCAAUCACGAGAAGCAGCCGUACUACGAGGAGCAGGCGCGCCUGAGCCGGCAGCACCUGGAGCGCUACCCCGACUACAAGUACAAGCCCCGGCCCAAACGCACCUGCAUCGUGGAGGGCCGGCGGCUCCGGGUGGGCGAGUACAAGGCCAUGAUGAAGAGCCGCCGGCAGGAGCAGAGGGCCACCUACAUGCACAGCCAGACGGAGCCGCAGCAGAUCCAUUAUUCCCACGGCGACGGCCAGUUCCCCGCCGGCGGCUCGGUGUCCGUGGCAGGCAUGCCGUUCCACCCGGCGCUGCUGGAGCAUUACAUACCGCAGGUCCCGGCCCCCCGGGGCCGACCGGAGGGCCAGGCCACGCCCACGGGCCCCCCCAGGGACAGGGACAGGGACCGGGAGAGGGAGAGACCUCCCUACAGCGAAGGGGAGGAGAGUGAUGCGGGAGAGAGGAGUGAGGGGGAACUGGUGCUGCUGACGGACUGAGGAGGAGGAAGAGGAGGGACGGAC